CCCAAGAUCUCAAGUAUCCAUCUUUACCGGCCACAGUAUUGAUUCGAGAAAGAACGACUCACCUUCUUACACAACAUUUAUCGUACGCAAUUGUCAUCUCAACAUGGGAGCCAAAGUGCCUCGAAAUUUCCGGCUACUGGAGGAGUUGGAAAAGGGCGAGAAAGGACUGGGCGCAGAGGCGUGCUCGUACGGACUGGCCGACAGUGAUGACUUGAUGAUGACCAACUGGAACGGCACGAUCCUCGGACCUCCUCACAGCGUCCACGAGAAUCGCAUCUACAGCGUCAACAUCCAUUGCGGCGACCAAUAUCCUGACCUCCCACCUACCAUUCAGUUCGUGUCGAGGGUAAAUCUGCCUUGCGUCGAUCAAAAGACUGGGAAGGUUGAUCCAUCAAGGCUGCCUUGUUUGGCGAACUGGAAGCGAGACUACACUAUGGAGACGAUUCUGAUCGAGCUGAGAAGGUACAUGGCUCUGCCACAGCACAAGAAACUUCCGCAACCCCAAGAGGGCACUACAUUCUAAGAGAUGCAACUGCAAGCAUGGAAUUAUGGAGUUGGGCUUAAACGUACGGCGAUGAAUCACGAGCUCUUAUGAAUGCAUACUUGGCGUCGGGUAUUGUUCACAGCACCACUCUAGCUGCAGGAGUGCGGUGACAGGAAAGUAACACGCAUCUAGGAGUAAAUAUCAGUCCCUUGUGUUUUUCUAUUUUUCUUCGAGUACUUGUGUGUAUUGAGUGAGCAAGAAAUCAUUCCCU